GGCGUGCCCUUAUAUUGGUAUGCGUGAUGAUGAAACAGAAGGAAGCGUCUGGAAAAGAUUAUUCCAGCAAUUUGAGCGACUGAUCAUACCUUUAAACGGGCCAGAUGAGAGAUAAAGUUGACUCAUAGUAUUUAGGGCUGGCUGGCCUGGCCAUCUGGGGUCGAAUAUCGAAACGCUCUACGAAGCCGCACUGAAAAAUGGGUACUCGCGGCUACCGACAAAAGAGAAGCCAAUGAGGCCGCCAUUGACGCGCGGGAUGAUUGCAAACUACUCAAAAAGCGGUUAACGCUAGAAACUCCGUUCCGGCAUACAGAAAGCCUGGUCCUUAUAGAGGGCUGCUAGAUUUCAUUCGACUAGCCAGCAAUGAAAAAGGUUCGAAUCAUACGAGGUGAUGCUGUGGCUGUAAAAGGUGACAACCUGAAUUUUUUGUUCAACGCUAUGGUCGCGACGGGUCCAGUCCAUAUGUUGGUAAACGCUGUUUUUCAUGCGGCGGUAAAAUGUGUAUAAAGAAAUAAUGAGAUGGUAUCACGAAAUUCUCACUUCAUUCGCAUUUUACCACUAGUUUUCCUUUUAACCUCAUCACUUGAGAGCUAUUAUACUACGAUGGAUUCUCCACGAGUACUCAAAACCCGCAAUUCAAACAUUACCUACCAAAUUAUGAAAAAAAGCCGCCCUUCUGCGUCGUGCUCGACAUUAUCAAAGAGAGCUGGCUCGAAAUCAAAACCUAAGCCACUGGAAAACCUCGAGGCUGCAAACAAUUUGCCCUCAAAUACCGGCUUGUGCUCGCCAGCUUCAUCAGACGAAAACCUCUCAGCCAACGAUUCGGAUUUCGAGGAUAGUGAUGAAGAAUUGGUGGAAGUUGGCGGACAAGAUGGAGGACUUGGCCAAGACGUAUAAGGAAAUCAUAGAUCGACGUUCUUCUCCAGAAGUUCAACGAACAAGCCCCAACUUGUCUCAUACCUCUGCUUCCUCAACUUCCUCUUUAAAAAGACAUAAUCGACGUUCUCA